AACAAUGGCGACUAUCCUAGUGUUUUUCUAUCGGUGCUGAGAGAAAAAAAUUAAUAGAAAUUUAUUUGUCUCAACAAAUUUGUCUCACUCAACUGGCAAAACGCAAUUCAUUAUUGAAAAAGAGUACAUCAUCUAUUCAUAACCAACUUAAUCUGACUGUGUCAUAGAAUCAAUGUUGGAAGGAUGGUACUGUCGUUCUAUGGCCAACAAUACCGCAGAAGUCGAGGACGAUGAAGAAGACAGUCCCGAAGAAGAAGUGCCUAAUUAUAAGGAUCAGUAUCGCAAUCUUAAGAGAAAACUCAAAUUUUUAAUUUACGAAAAUGAGUGUUUCCAAGAAGCCCUACGAUCAACUCAGCGAAAAUUGCUCAAGGUCAAUAGAGACAAGAGUUUCCUGCUGGAUCGUCUCCUGCAGUACGAGAAGGUGGACGCGUCAUUUUCCGAGAGUGACGAGACUGAGUCUUCGGAGGAAGAAGGUCCAAAGGUAGAGCCACCGAGGAAAAGAAAGGUAGAGCCUCAGAUGAACCAUUUGAAUCAGCCUCCAGGUGCCCCUCCGAAGCCUCAGAACACGAGUAAAAAGAAAAAACCCAACCCCAAACCUCCUAAAGCCCAAAAUAAUGUCCCAGUGCAAUCGAAUAAUGUGUCGGUGGUGUCUAUGAUGUCCGAUGGACACAUGACACCCGAGGAAGUGGAAAGGCAUUUGGAAUCGAGACAGACGUAUCUUGAAUUGGUACCUGAGAAGGCACCUCCCACGGUCCCCACAGAAAUGUUCAGUAAUGACCCCUCUUUGGACAGCGAGUCCAAUGAACUCGGGGAAAUGGAGACGUCCCCUAGUAAUAUGGGAGAGGAUUGUCUCAGUAUUGAAAUGAUGGGGGAAUAGGAAAAAGGCUGACAUGGAACCUUAAUCAUUCAUUAAAUGAAAAAAAAAUCUCAUACAAAGCUGUUUCGAAGAAGAAAAAUCGUAAAGUGGGAGGGCCAAGAAUGAAACACUGUCGAAUAUCGACAGAGUGUCCUGAGAAGAAAUAAUUGUAUCAUAAUAAUAAUAGAUUUAGUUGUUCGAAAAAAUGAUAUGAAAUACGAAAUUAAUUCAUCAAUAGAAUGGUGACAAUGAAAUUAAACCAAUCCUGUAACUAACGGAAAAUAUAUUUAUUGAUUUACAUCA